AUGUUACAUGCAAACAUCAUUCCUCAUCUCAAGGAAGGCUGGGCGAGCCCUGCCUUGGAAAAAUGCUUCUCUCUUGAACUAGCAACGUACCUGAUUUUGUUCACGCUCAUUCUGUGGCUCAUCAGAGCGGUUUAUUUACUCUACUUUCACCCAUUGGCGUCUUUCGAUGGCCCAUACAAGGCAGUCCUCUCAACGUGGUGGCAGUAUCCCUUGAGCAAGAGUGGUAAAAUCGAGGAGGCUUUUGAGCAGCUUCACCAGAAAUACAACACACGCGUGCUUCGAAUCGGACCAAAUGAGCUACACAUUACCGACCCUACACUUUACCAUACAAUCUAUUCGCAGCGCUAUACGUUCCGUAAGCAGAAGUCGUUUUAUGACUCUUUUAAUACGCCACAUUCCGUCUUCGUCGAGGACGACAGGGAUUUACACCGUGUGCGACGCAAGCUUCUCAGCAACUUCUUCUCGAAAACUUCCGUGCGGGCAAUGAAUCAAACCUUGAUUACCAAGGCCAAUAUGAUGUGCGAUAGGAUGUCAGAAAUGAAGGGCGAUGGCGCGAUAAACCUGUAUCACGCUUUCAGGUGUUUGACAAUCGACUUUAUCACGGAAGUUGCUUUUGGGGAGUCGUUCAAUCUACUGACCAAAGCGGAAGACAAUACGUUCAACGCACCGUUUAUCGAAUGUUUUGACCUGGCCGCCGAGUCACUAUGGGACCUGUUGUACUUCCCUCUCAUCCGAACUAUCAUCAACAAGUGCCCACCCACUGUCGCGGCGAAACUUAGCCAACCGGCAGCAAAGUUUCAGGGCCUCAUUUGUGCCGUUGCAGGUACCGUUGCCAAUUUCAGACGUUUAAAAAGUUCUGGCAAAAACCUGGAUCGUGAAAUCGUGUUCGAUUCCAUGCAAUACCUAGACGACGACCUGGUACUGGCUGAAGCGACAGAUAUCCUGGUUGCAGGUUCAGAUACGACGGCAUCUACACUCGCUGUAGCUAUCUACGAGAUGAUAGAAAACCCUACCAUCUUUGAGCAUCUGAGAAAAGAGUUGAAGGAUGCUGGCUUUGUGACAAAACAAGAUUUCGAGCUUAUCAGAUUAGAACAGCUUCCAUAUCUGACUGCUUGUGUUAAGGAAGCAUUGCGUUACGCCAUGGCAGUGCCUGGACGACUUCCACGAAUUGUACCGGAUGGAAUAAAGCCCCUCAUCGUUGACGAGAAGGUGAUCCCCGCCGGAGCCGUUAUCGGCAUGUCUGCUUACACCAUGCACUUUGACGAAGGUAUCUGGGGUGAAGAUGCUAGAAGGUUCAACCCCGCUCGUUGGCUCAAUGAUGAUGCGAAGGAGCUAGAGAGGUAUCUUGUGACCUUCUCCAAGGGUGCAAGGCAAUGCUGGUCAACCGAUUCCGCUUUGCACUUGAUAAAAAACUCACGGAGUCAGAUGUUAAGCCUCUAG